CAGACAUGUAUCAUUAUUUUUACAUGCGUAGAGAUGGAAGAAGCAAAGCACACAGGAACAGAAGCAUCUAGCUGCGUUACAAGAAUUCAUAGCGGGUGUAGUGCGUUAGCGCCUGUCACCAAGGAACAAGCGCCAUCUGUGGAGAAGAGGGCAGACGACGCAGACGGCGCCGACGUGACAAUCGACACGGCUACAUACGCAGUAGCACUCCUCAAGCACUCGACCCUCAACACAUCACGGCUAUUGUUAUGGCUCUGGCGCAGUCCAACACUCGCGGAGGGCCACAGGCCUUUGAAGCACAACAACGGCGACUGGACUUCGCGAGCGUGAAACAGGCCUGUCCAAAGGGCAUCUAUCUCACGCCCACACCUCGCGACCCGCACGUCUGGCAGGGUGUGUUGUUCGUCCGCAAAGGGCCCUAUACUCCCGCAAUCCUGAAGUUCUCCCUGCUCCUUGCCGCCGACAAGCCUCCCACCAUUACCAUCUCCACCGACAUUUUUCACCCCUUGGUCACCCCUCUGACCACAUACACGUACACCACGAGCGACACGGGUGCCGAUACUGUCCAUGCCACCGAUGACGAGCGCCUCCCGCCAGGAGGCUUCAGCUUGCGACACGGCUUUCCGAAAUGGUUUGGACGCAACAAGCCGAGGCCUUCGUCUCAGAUUGGCUCGACCGAAGAAUCAACAUCGACAGCAGAGCACUCACAACCGUCGUACGGUCCUCUUGCCAUAGUGCAGAUCUUGUUCUACAUGCGGAGCACAUUCGACACUGCUGAAGUACUCGACAAAGUACCGCUAGAGGCGGCUGGCAAUCCAGGCGCAUGGCAUGCAUGGCAGACCCAUAGAGCGCGAGUCAUUGGCACGACACCCCUCUCUGCAACACCAGAAGAUGGAAAGAGCCCCGCAUCCCCCACCUUACGUCAACAACCCGGAGGUGCGAGAAGGCCUGGCCAAUGGAAUUGGGAGGGUGUUUGGGAAGAAAGAGUCAAGAAAGGUGUCCAGGCGAGCAUAUCGCAACACACUUUGUUCGGUGGCGCCGCCUCAACCGAUGAUCUGAUCAACUUCUUAAAUGUUGACACAGAAUCGAUUGAUGUUCCUUGGAACAAAGACGACGAAGCCAAUGACAGUCUUGUCGCCUGAUCUGCUUCUGUAGCGAGUGGUGACCUAGGCAAAUAUUUGGUUCCCAACAAUUUUCUACUGCCAACUUCAUGCUUUUCUAGAACUUCGGCCGUAAGUGAUCGGUCUGAUACAUCUCGAAGAUGAAAUGUUCAAGCUCCAAAUUGCUUUUGUUCGAGAGUAGGUAGUGGUAGGCAUCUACAUGGCAGUCGCACUUGCCUUUGCCGGACUUUCACAUGACACGUCAUGGGGUCAAUAGCAAGCUUGCAUCUCAACGUAUCCUGAUACCAGUCUUGUAUCAACGAGCAAUUUCCAGUUUUGUUAUAUUUUCCAUCGCUUCAAUUGGAUAACGGUGGUAUACUCCGCCUUC